AUGGGGCAAGAAGUUGGGCACCAAGUUGUUGCUGCUUAUUGCUACUGUUCCACUGUUGUGGAAACCAUAGUGACCUCAUCUCAGUGUUGCCAACUGCUGAGUUACCAUGAGCCUCCGUCGAGAGGCUACACCCAGGGAACUGGAAAUAGCCAGAGUCAAUCUGCAGAGCUGCUGGCCAUCAGUGAAGAAUUGGGGAAAGAGAUCGGACCCAUAAACACAGAGAGCAAGAGUGCCAUGGAGAGGGUAAAACGAGGCAUCAUUCAUGUUCGAAGCCUGUUUUGGGAGUGCUUGGCUGACACAGAACAUAAUGCCAGUUAUGAAGGUGCAUCUUGCUACCCCGCAAAGAUGAGAGGCUUUGUUCCAAAUGGCAAUCGUUUUUCUACGCGGUCAUUAAGCUCUGACCCCACACUCAGAAGAUCAGGAAGACAUUUUGCAGUUUUUGAUGAUGAGCACUUUAAGUAG